AUGAAAUAUAAAAAAUUUCUCACUACAGAUUGUCUCAAUUAAUUAGUGAAAUAUAUAGGAAUGGCUUAGAUUAGAUAUUUAUAGAACAGAAUAAUGAUUGCUUAUUAACUAAAACUGGAGUUUGUUGGAUUAUAUAUUACAUUUCAAGAAGAUUCUCCAUUUUUUUAAAUCUACUUUGGACCAAAUAUUAAUAAUGAAAAAUAAGAUUACAAUGAAAUGAUAAAGGUUAUAUAAGAUAGGUUAUCUUAACCAUUUGAUAAUUUUAAUCCUAUAGAAUCCAUAAAAAAAAUAUUAGGAUUGUUUUAAUAAUAUAAUGAUAACAUGAAAAUUAAGUUUGAAUUGGUUUGGAAGUAUAUUUAAUAUGCUUAUACUCUAUUUAAUGAAUACAAAUGGAUAAUGAAUGAUGAAAUAAAUAAGCAUCGUUUAUAUAGUUAUUUCAUCAGAGAUUAUGAUUAUGUUACAAAGAAUGAACUAGUACAUCCCUCACUUUGGUUGAAAUCAGAUUCUUUUUUAAUUCUUCCAGCUUUAGUUAAUCAAAGCACAUUUUUUGAUUAUAUAUUUAGUGUAGAUUGUGAUAAAUAAAAAAAAGUAUUGAAAGAAUACAAUAAAAUAUCCAAUUAAUUAGCAAUAUAUUUAUUCGAAAUAAGAGAUAUUCUCUAAGAAUUUGCAAAACAAAAACUGUAAAUUUAGAUAUAUCCUUCUUUAUUAAAUUUUAAUUUUAUUAGAAUAGAUAAUCAAAAACCUUAUUACCUUAAUAAUUAACAUUUUGAAAGGUUUGUAGAAUAAAAUAGUAAAGUCUAUGCAGAAACAAAAAAAAAUAUAAGCUACUUUGAAGAAUAUUUAGAGAAAAACAAUUAAAUUUAAUUAAGAAUAUUUAAUUUUUACCCAUCAGAUGAAAUAGGUUCUGGAUUGACUUUAGUUUAAAACAAACAUCGAGAAGAAUAUCCAAAAGAAUUUUAAGAAUAUUGGCAGAGUUUAUAUAAAUAAAAAUAUCCUUCUAAAAGAGAUGUAGAGAGUCUAUAAAUAAAAGCUGUUUCUCUUGAAUACUUGCAUUCUUUAAAUUGUAAUGUCAAUUCUAGUUUUGAUUACAUAUAGCAUAUAAUAGAUCCAGAGAGAAUGAUUUGCAAGUAAUGUAAUUAGUAGAUUGAUGAUUAUGGGUCUCUUUUUUAUGAUAAAACAUUCUACUAAUUUUACAAAUGCUUAAAAGAUAUAUUAUUAAGUCCCUAUUAUAUUGAUAUUCCAGGAGUUUACAUUUGUCCAAUUACAUUAAAAUUAAUUGGAAUAAAAAAUAAUUUCAUGAUUAGCUCAUAAAUUUUGAAUUAAAAAGGAGAGCAUUUGAUAACUUUAUAUAACUAAACAUUGAAAUUUGAGCUUCGUGAAGAAUUUGAUGCUAAAUUAGAGGAUGAUGAUGAAUAUUAUGAAAUAAUGAAUGGUAUAAGAGAGAGAAAUCAAGAAUAAACAUUAGAUGACUUUAAUGAUGAUGAGUAAGAUGAAGCAAAAUUAAAUGAAAAAUGA